CCUGCAACUCAACUCGCACACACGCACACACAGUACUUUGACACAGUGACCACAGGCAGGCAGGAAGUGUAUAUUUUUGCAAGUAUUCAUGUUGAUAACUAAUUGAUAUUUCACUUUUUCCUAGUUCUAAUAAAUAAUUUCAAGCUGAACACCGAUGAGUGGCUUUAAAGUUGUCAAUUUGGCGUAGGUUUCGUUGCAAAAUUAGAAAAAAUGGCUGGACAACUGCCGGCUUGUGUCAUCGAUGUUGGAACUGGGUAUUGUAAGUUAGGAUUUGCUGGGAACAAAGAGCCUCAGUUCAUCAUACCCUCGGCCAUAGCAAUCAAAGAAACCGCCAAAGUAGGGGACCAGGCUAUUCGUAGAUUGACGAAAGGCGUGGAGGAUUUGGACUUCUACAUUGGUGACGAAGCUUUUGACGCAACAGGAUACGCAGUCAAGUAUCCGGUUCGUCAUGGAAUCGUUGAAGACUGGGAUCUUAUGGAACGAUUCUUGGAGCAGUGCAUCUUCAAGUAUCUGCAUGCUGAGCCCGAGGAUCAUUACUUUUUACUGACCGAACCUCCUCUCAAUACUCCUGAAAAUCGGGAAUAUCUGGCUGAGAUAAUGUUUGAAACAUUCAACGUGCCUGGCCUGUACAUUGCCGUGCAAGCCGUGCUGGCAUUGGCUGCCUCGUGGGCCUCUCGACCAAUCAAAGAGCGUACUCUCACCGGAAUUGUCGUGGAUAGUGGGGAUGGAGUCACUCAUGUUAUUCCAGUGGCAGAAGGCUACGUUAUCGGAAGCUGUAUCAAGCACAUACCGAUCGCCGGCCGCAACAUUACCUACUUUAUCCAGUCACUUUUGCGAGAGCGUGAGGUGGGCAUUCCGCCCGAACAAAGCUUGGAAACGGCCAAAGCGAUCAAGGAGCGAUCCUGCUACAUUUGCCCGGACAUUGCCAAGGAAUUCGCCAAGUAUGACUCGGAGCCUGCCAAGUGGAUUAAGAAGUACGAAGGUGUCAAUGCUGUCACUAAGAAACUGUUCUCCGUUGACGUGGGAUACGAGCGGUUUCUUGGUCCUGAGAUAUUCUUUCAUCCUGAGUUUUCUAACCCAGACUUCACGACGCCGAUCUCGGAGAUAGUGGACAACGUGAUUCAGAACUGUCCGAUCGACGUGCGUCGACCUCUGUACAACAGCAUUGUGCUAUCGGGAGGAUCCACGAUGUUCAAGGAUUUCGGCCGCCGGCUGCAGAGGGACAUCAAGCGAGUGGUCGAUGCCAGGUUGAGGCUUUCUGAGAGUCUGUCUGGCGGACGAGUCAAGCCGAAACCAAUCGACGUGCAAGUAGUUUCUCAUCAUAUGCAGAGGUAUGCUGUCUGGUUCGGAGGCAGUCUUCUCGCGUCAACUGCGGAAUUCCACGAGGUGUGCCACACAAAACAGGCCUACCAGGAGUGGGGCCCCACCAUCUGUCGUCACAACCCUGUCUUUGGAGCUAUGACAUGAUUCUUGUUAAUCUAUAUUCCAAUUUGUAUUAUAAUAUAAUAGUUGUAUUGAUGAUCUUUUAUCUAUUCAUUAGUUAUGAGCGCAAUACUGUAUGCUUGUUUUCUAUUAUUUCAUAUAGACAGAUUAUUUUUAUUGAUUGUUGGUUCAAUAGAUUGCUGACCUAUUGAAUGUCAUUCUCGUAUUCCGUUGGCGGAAGCAUUUAUAGAAGCUAGUUGAAUCGCUCAACUAGGAUAUCAAUUUUUAUAUCAAUUCAUUAAUCUAAUACAAAUAAAUUCAAUUAUGUUACAAU